ACCAAUAUCCCUCAAUUUGGUUGCAGAGAACAACUCAGUUCUCAAAGCGCAGCACGGAAGUGGAAUCCCUCUGUUGUUAGCCGUUAAGAAACACUAUCUCUAUCCCUAAUCGAAACGACACCGCUGGAUCUGCUCCUCCCUCCUCUCAGAUUUUGCUGCAAUGGGCAAGAAAAGGUUAGAUUCAAAGUUCGAUCGCAAGUUCGAAAAGAAGGUCCAAUUUUAUUCCAAGGUGAAAGAUGCUGUUACCUCCUUGAGUACCCAAAAGUCUAUUACUAAGAAAAAGAAAAAGAGCAAACAACAAAGGCGGCAGAACAAAUUGAAGGCAUAUAAUCUAUCUUCACUUUUAGAGUCCCUUCCCGAGGUGAAGUCAUCAAAGAAACCAGUUUGUGAGAAUGACGGCAAACUUAAGUGUAAAUCCAGGCAGAUAUUAGUAUUGACUGAAAGAGAUCGAAUUUCUGCUGUUCUCAACGACCCUAACUUUCGAGCAGAUCCCCUGUCUGCCAUUCAUCAAUAUAUACAGAGCAAACAACUUGUAGUAGAGGAACAACCCAAGAAAAAAGUGAACAAAAAUGGAUCCAAAAAGAAGAAGAAAUCAAAGGCUUCAACUGGAUUACAAUCUAUGGAAAUGUAGUGUCUUUGUGUGGCUGCUAUAAUGAUCUGCUUUUUUCAAGGUCUUUCCAUAAUUUUAUUAACUUCUUCCGUAAAACAUUAGAUUGCUCGAAUUAUGAAUGCAAAAAUCAACGAUUAUGGUAAUUGGUCACUAUUUUGAUAGCAGUAUUUAUUGAAUAGGCGACUGACUUGCUGCGAGUGUUGAGCAUAGCAACUCAUAGUAGUAAUUAUGAACACAGGGAAACAAA